UACAGCUCAUGGAGGACCCUAUGGAGAUGCCGCAGCCAGCUCCCCUGGGGACUCUGUACCUGCCCUGGGCGAUUCUCUUUCUCCUCUACUCUUUGGUGGCAAUUGUCUCUUACCUUCUGAACAUGGCCAGCCACAGCCUGCUGGCCCAGGCUGGAGGAUCUCUCCUUCCUGGCCCUCUGUCUGCAGCCUGGUUUGGCCAUCAGCUCAUAGCUGACAUCAUCUUCCUGGGACUCCUGCCGCUCAGCCUCACCUGGACCCACACCCGUUGGUCCCUGGGCCUCACCUGCCACCUGGACCCAUGUCUGGCCUUCUUGACCUUCUGUGCCAGCGGCCGGCUGCUGACUCACGUCGCCGCUGACCACUGUACCUCCUUGUUCCGACCAUCCUGGGCACUGGGUCAUCGGGUAGUUCGCCAAGUAGUUAUCUGGGCUGGUGGGCUCUGGGUCCUUCUGCUGUGCCUGGCUGGGAGAGCCCUGGGAACUUUGAGGGGUCGAACUGACCAGAGUGACCCUUGCAACAGGACGAUGACCCUGGAGUCCCUCAGGCAUGACCAGGACCUCGGGGCCUGGAGCCCCAUGCUGGAUCAGCUGGUAUUUGGGUUCGGGGUGCCACUGGGGGUCCUGAGUGUCUUCCACAGACUAAUGCAGGAGCAGCUGCAGCUGGCCAGGGUCUCAGGGAGGCCUCCACUGCUGGGCCUGCCAGGAGCCACUGCGGCCAUGCUGUUUGUCUGUUGGUUUCCCUUCCACCUUCUGCUGGUGCUGAGGUUCCUGGGCAUGUGGGGGUCCAGACUGCAGCUGGGGGAUGUGUGGGUAUUGCUGAGACCACUGGGGCUCACUCUGCUGGCAUCAGCCAGCUUCCUCAACCCACUGCUGUAUGUGUGUGGGGACAAAAAAAUCCGGAGGCGGCUGGGCAGGGCCUUGUGGUUCCCUGGAAGGGAAGGAGAAGAGGAGGCACAGGAAGUCCAGGCACUGGGGAUGGAGGCGAGGCUCUGCAGGAGCCUGAGGGAACAGGGCACAGUCUGGGGUAGGGAGAUCCUGUCUUCUGAAAAUGUGGGGUGGGCUGAAAUGAAGGCACAAGUGACAGGAAGUGAGGUGAAGAAGGAGAAAGAGACUUAGAAAA